AUGGAAGUCAACAUCCAACCGCAGGCCCUCUCGGAGACCAUCGUCGACAGGACCCUUGGUUCAAGCAGCACGUCAACCUCUAGCAUAACCGUGACGCCCAUCCCCGCAGUCCUCAUCGACACGACCUUCUCUUCCUCGACGAACCUGUCCACCACGGUCCUCGGCGCAUCCAUCGUGUCCUUCUCGGACGAAUACUUCGCGGCCGCCGCCAACCUGCUCACACCCACACCUCCCGUUCGAAAACCGGGAGUGUUCGUACAUACGGGAGCGUGGUACGACGGAUGGGAGACGAGGAGGCACAACCCCAAGGAGUUUGACUGGGUGGUGAUCAAGCUCGGCUGUGUGGCACAGAUAGAGGCGGUGGAGGUGGACACGGCUUACUUUAACGGAAAUGAGGCUCCGCUCGCUGGAUUGGACGGAGUAGCCUUCUCGAGCGACGAGGAUGAUAGUGCUGCCGCAAAGGAAGGGUAUGAUGCGUGGACUGAAGUCCUACCCCCGCAGAAGUGUGGCCCUUCUCAACGGCAGGCAUGGAAAGUAUCUGGGCCAGGGGUGCAAGGCAAGCAAUUCACGCAUUUGAGGUUAAAGCAGUACCCAGAUGGAGGCAUUGCCAGGUUGAGGGUCUACGGCACAGUCAUCCCACCGUCGUUACCGGCCAGUGUAACCUCGGGAAAGGAAGAGAGACCCCUGGAAGAUCUAGCCAGUGCGCUCAACGGUGGUGUGGCCAUUGAAUGCUCAGACCAACAUUUCGGCGGGAAGAACUAUCUGCUUCUGCCCGGCCGAGGGAAGGACAUGGGAGACGGAUGGGAGACUGCCAGGAGCAGGGUCAAGGGUCACACAGACUGGGUGAUUGUCCGCCUCGGGUUGAAGGGCAGGAAGAUUGAGAGAGUGGUCGUCGACACCAAAGAUUUCAGAGGGAAUUUCCCUCGGGCGGUCAAGGUGGAAGGGUGGGCAAUGGAAGUGGCCAAGGCCGCCCUGGGCACUGAGGCGGACCCCAAGCAUGACGCCACAGGCUGGACAGCCCUGAUCAAGGGAGAACAGCCUUGCCAUGCGGACACAGAGCAUGGCUUUGGGCUCGACCAGCUGGUGGCCUCUGAGCCUCCGGAAGGACAUGUGUGGACACAUGUGAAGAUGACCAUUAUCCCUGAUGGAGGGGUCAAGAGACUGAGGAUAAUUGGGAGGAGGGCGUGA